AUGCAUGAAGUAGAAAUACAUGGGGCUAUCAUUGAUGAGCGUACUCAAGAAUAUGAUUCUCUUAACAAAAUUAUAACUAAAGAUGCAGAGGCAAAUGUCACUAAAGAGAAACCUUCGUCCUCUAAGGAUAAAACCAAGAAGAGGAAGAAGAACAAUUACAAGGACAAGAAGUCCAAGAAAGGAAAGAGAGCACCAAAAGCCAAGGAGAACAAGAAUGACAAUAAAUCCAAAAGGAAGGAACCAAAGGGAAAGUGUUUCCACUGCGGAGUUGAAGGUCACUGGAAGAGAAACUGUAAAAAGUAUAUUUGUGAGCUGAAAAAGGAAAGGUAA